GGGUGGAACCUUCAAAGCAGCAGCGGCAGCGUGUGCAGAGGACUCUUACUUCUCUGUAAUCUCUCUCAAAGCACCAAUCUUUUUGCUUUCCCCUCGUUUAUCCAAACACGCUUUAAUUUUCUUUUCCUUUCCUCCACUCUCUCUCUCUCUCUCUGUUGUCCAUUAUCUCUGCCUACAUGACGCGUCUCAAUUUCCAUGGCGGCUAUGUUUUUGGUUCUGGUUUCACCCAUAUCUAAUCUCGUACUCUCACUGUUUUUAGAAAAACUAAGGGAACCCAUGUUUUUGUUCUUGUUUCUCUUCUCCUUCUCUGUUUCCCUCUUGUUCUUUUUCCCGUAUUUGUACAGAAAAGUUCAGAAUCAGAAAGAACGGGAACGGCGGCAAGAGGAGGAAGAGAAGGUCCGAAACGACCCUUCGUUGUUGAAGCGGUCUCUGGAAGAGAUUGUGGAGAAAACCCAACAAGCUCGGGAGAAGGACUCGACCCAUUUCUCGCAUUCGCUUCUUUUCGAGAUCUUGCCUCCUGAUUCUGCGAAAUGGGGUUGUCUGUUUGGUGAAGAAAAGCGGGAGGAGGGACCGGGUCCAGCCGGGUCGGGACAGGAGGAGCUCUGUGAUAUGGGUGGUGACCAUAGGGCUAAGAAGAAGAAGAAGAGAGCGAAGAAGAAGAGGCUGGACUCGAAAAGUGAAGAAAAUGGUGAGGAAAGGUGUUCCGAGGUGGAGAAAGAGGACUCAAUUCCGGGUGCACGUUCGCGGCUGAAGCCGGAGCUUGUUUGUUUGUACCCUUUCACGUCAACCAGUAGUGCUACGCAGAGGAAGAUCAAGCAGCAGUAUGAACAGCUCAUGAAGUGUCACGAAAAGAAGGGAUUGACACUGACUCAGGUUUGGGAAUUUGCUAAUUGCUUGAUUGAGGCAAGAAAUGAGUUGCAGCACAAAUCUGAGGUCAUCAAACGUAAGUUCACAAUAACAAAGGCUUUACUACUUAAAGCAGAUAGAUCUUCAUUUGACCGCCUUCGUCAACAGAUAUAUAAACUAGAGAUGGAACAGAAGAGAUUAGAAGAGGAUGCAUUUGUCUAUAAUUGGCUGCAACAGCAACUCAAACUUUCCCCAGCUUACAAAAAGAUGCUUGAAAUUGGUGAGUGCAUGGAGUUGAAGGCCAAGGCUGGUGAACUAAUGCAAGACAGUGAUAUUGAAUGUUCUGACAUUUCUUUUGAAGAGUUAUUAGCACAGGAGAAAAAAGAUUCAUUUUGGUUGGUUGCUCAUCUUGUUAGUCAUCUUGAAUACUUAUUUCCAAUUCUACCAUGCCUGUAUACAACUAACCUUCUCUUCUUUAUGCUGACGUGCAGGCAGAAAAAUGGAAAAUCAAGAUUGAGCUCAAGCUGAUGAUUUCAUUUGUCUGGCUAAUCGUACUCAGGGAACCACUUUGUUUAGUAUGUAAUCCAAUACCCAAAUCAAGCACUGUAGCUUCUUCUUCUUUUUUAUGGCUACCUGGCUUCUUGGAAUCAUUUAUUUAGCAUAAUUGUUGCCAUAACUUGUUCUCCUUUCAAUUUUUCCAGGUUGUCCUAAGAAAGGUAGUCAGUUCAAUAAAUGAUGAAGCUUUCGAUGUUAUUCACUUAAGUUCUGCUGAAUUUUGAUCCUUUGCUAACAACCGCCUUUGGAGAAUUGUAAGAUGAUUUGCUAUCCAAUCCUUCCCAUUGGUGCAGUACUUGCUUUGUAAAUGGUUUCAAUCUAGGGCAUAGAUAACUUAAGAAAAAGCUUCUAUUGAUAACGCCAUGACUUGUAUGUGGGUGUAAUGUAUCGGCUCAAACUUAGCUUUAACAUAUGAAAAUGAAAAUCGAAAUCGAAGAUGGUUAUAUAUUUGGACCUUGAUUGCUUUCUACUCUUGGCAGGCAUAAAAUGAAUUUCAUAUCUUGUU